AUGGCGCCAGCCAAGUCAAUUAAGAAGACUGCCUCGGACAGCGACAGCAGUUCGAGCAGCAGAUUGACAUCGCCCGAACCAACAAAGAAGUCGGAAUCGGAUCGCGAGACUGAAGAUUCGCCAAGCUCAGGUUCUGAGUCGGAAGAUUCGGCCAGCUCCGAUUCUGCAAGUGUCCCUUCGCCCCCAGAGAUCAAGGCUUCCAAUAUCUCAUCUUCAAACGACUCCCUUUACCCAAGACCUCCCUACAAGCCACCAUCAGGCUUCAAACCUGCGAAGAGGCAAUUACCGCCAUCUUCUACCACAUCCUCCCUCCUUUCCGACCUUCGCGGCAAACAAAUCUUCCACAUCACUGCGCCCGCCUUCCUCCCUCUCUCCAAAGUCAAAGAGGUGUCGCUGGCGAAGAUCUUACAAGGGGAGCCAGUACUUAAGCACGAGGGCGUGCAAUAUGGUAUCCCACCCGAAAACAUUGGUCAGGGCGACUUGGGUGGGAAGAGUCUCCUCCUAUACGAUUCGAAGACGCAGACAUACUACAGCGCACCUGCCACUACCAUGCCUACGUAUCAUGUACAAGAAAUGAUCGACCUCCCUAAAAGCUUAGGGACCGACGAUGCAGUAUUGGCAGCAGCACAGGCUCAGAUCAAACCACCAAGGAAGCAGCCGAAACAUUUGAAGAUGCGGUUUCGCCCAGUCGGUAGUGGAGAGGGUCCACCAGAGACGAUCGGUUCGGGUUCGGAAGAGUCCGAGGGAGAGGGAAAGCCAACUUUCAAGUUUCCCAAAGAAUCAAAGUCCGAUCGCGAGGAAAGAAAACGGAAGCACGCCGAAGAAGUGGAAGGAUCCCAGUCGGGUGGCUUGCCCAGGAAGAAGUCCAAGAAACAAUCGGUCCAUGCAUCCCAGAUGGAGAUUGAUGAGAAAGCCGAACAGGAUAAGUCCAAGAAAUCAAGCAAAAAGCGAGAUGAGAAGAAACGGAAGAAGGAGAAGGCCUGA